CGGGGACCGAGAGAUGUUGACUGAAAACAAAGUUAUGUGUCGGGACAAAGUUGUUUUCUGCGCCCGCUGCGUGAUUGCCGACAGUAUCCCCCGAGUGCCCGGAUCUCGCCGUCCUCCAUGUCUGCGGUGAGCGGCUAUGGACCUGUUGGAGUUUGAGGGGAGUAGUGAAGAAUCUGUAGUCCUUUGUGAAGAGUUCAGGAAGAGAAGGAGAAAGAAGGCCAUCACCUCAUCCUCCAGCACUUCAAUGGAUCAGAUCACCAUUGAGUUCAUUCUGCCAACAACGGCCAGAGGAGGACACAGCCCUGACACUGUGCUGCUGGAGGUGGCUGGAAACUGGACCGUUGAACAGGUGAAAGCCCAGGUCUGGCUGAGGGCCGUGGCCUCCAACCUGUGUCCAGACUUUUACCAGAAGUUCUCCCCCGACCAUUGCAUCCUGCUCUACCAGAAGAAAGGGAAUGUGUGUGAGAUCUACGACAAGCACCAGGUCUUCCAAACACUGGACUGCAUACGCUACUGGAAAGCACUUAAAAAGGAGGUUGGACGGAUCCAGUUGGUGCCGCGGCCACAGCCCUCAGAGGAGUCACUGAGGUACCAGCGCUUCCUCAACCACCUGAUUGGCUACGACGUCACCGACGUCAGCAACGUCCAUGACGACGAGCUGGAGUUCACCCGCAGGAAGCUGCUGACGCCGCGCCGCAUUGAGCUCUCAGAGAGAGACCCAAAUCUUUACUCCAUGGACCCCUGGAUGACUGCAAAGUCCCUCACUGACCACCUCCUCAGCAAGGUGAGCAACUCUCACAUCUUGGUAGUGAUCCAUAUCAGCACGGCCAGCCAGACCAUUAAGGUGUCCAUCGAUGACACACCUGUACAGGUACUGGCUAGCUUUUUCGCCAAGAUAGCCAAUAAGAGGGCUUUGCUGGGGCUCCCGGAUGGCCUGUGUGAGGCGGACUUUGUGCUGCGUGUGUGUGGACGGGAAGAAUACCUCUAUGGAGAGAAGGCGUUGCAAAGCUUCCACUGGAUCCGCCAGUGUCUGAAGAACGGGGAGGAGAUCCACCUGGUUCUGGAGAUGCCACCAGACCCGGAGCUGGACCUGGUCCGUAAGGAGGAUUGGGCCCAAGUGGAUGACUGCACUGGAGUGGCAGGUACCCAUGAGCAGCUGACCAUCGAUGGGAAGGAUCACGACCGAGUGUUCACCAUCUCCAUGUGGGACUGCAACCGGAAAUUCAGGGUGAAGGUUCUGGGUAUCGACAUCCCGUCUCUCCCCAAAAUCACGGACCUCACCGUCUUCGUGGAGGCCAGCAUCUUCCACGGCCAGCAGCUUCUAGCUCAGGGGAGGACUACGUCCAAGCCCUUCACUGAGGAGGUUCUGUGGAACUGCUGGCUGGAGUUCAAUAUUAAAAUUAAAGACCUGCCCAAAGGGGCCCGCCUCAAUCUACAGGUGUCCUGUGGGAAGCAGGCACAGAUGACAAAUUCCAAAGGAAGCUCCACCUACCAGGAAAACACAGGAAGUGGAGGAGGAAGUGGGGGCAGCAACCACGACGGAAAGACUAAGAGUCGUCUUCUCUACUAUGUCAACCUGCUGCUGGUGGACCAUCGCUCUUUGCUGCGGCAGGGCGAGUUCAUCCUCCACAUGUGGAAGAUGCCGGAAAAGAGCGAGGAGAACAGCAGCAGCGUCAACGCCGACAAGCUGACGUCCGCCACCAACCCGGACAAGGCCUCGUCCAUGGCCGUCACGAUCUCUCUGGACAAGUACUGCUACCCAGUGGUGCUGCCCAAGAGCCGGGAGGGGGGUCGCGAUUUGGCUGAUGGGGGGGAGCGAAAUCAGCGGGAGAUGCCCAACCAUCUGAGGAAGCAGUUCGAGGCCAUCGUGGCCACAGACCCCCUCCAUCCUCUGAGCCCUGAGGAUAAAGAGCUGCUCUGGCACUUCAGACAGGAGUGUAUGCGUCACCCCAGGGCGUACCCAAAGCUGCUGGGCUCGGUGAGAUGGGGGAAACAGGAAGAUGUCCUGGCCACGCACCUCCUGCUUGAGCGCUGCAGUGCUUGGGACAGAAGUGGUCUGGAUGUAGGUCUGGCCAUGCAGCUGCUAGACUGUCAUUACUCCGACGCCCAAGUCCGCUCCAUGGCUGUCAGGAAACUGGAAACGCUGAGCGACGACGACGUGCUCAGAUACCUGCUGCAACUUGUACAGGCCGUGAAGUUUGAGCCUUACCACGACAGUGCCUUGGUCAGGUUCUUGCUGAAAAGAGCUCUCAGGAGUAAACGUAUAGGUCAUUUCCUGUUCUGGUUCCUACGCAGCGAGAUCGCCCAGUCCAUGCAUUACCAGCAGCGGUACGCCGUCCUGCUGGAGGCCUACCUGCGCGGCUGCGGCGAGGCCAUGCUGCAGGACUUCAGGAAACAGGUGGAGACCACAGAGGCUCUGCAGAAAGUCACUCGGGAGAUUAAAACAAUGUCCGCCGACAAGUAUGACGUGUCGGCACAAGUGGUGUUCCAGUUGCGUCAGAAGUUGGAGACGUUGCAGUCUGGUCUGCCGGAGAGUUUCAGGGUCCCGUAUGAUCCUGGCCUGCGAGCAGGAGCCUUGCUGAUUGAGCAGUGUAAAGUGAUGGCUUCCAAGAAGAAGCCACUGUGGUUGCAGUUUAAAAGGGCUGAUCCCACAACUCUCUCCAAAGACCCGAUCGGGAUAAUCUUUAAAGACGGAGACGACCUCAGACAGGAUAUGCUCAUCCUGCAGAUCCUGCUUAUUAUGGAGUCUAUCUGGGAGAUCGAGUCCCUGGACCUCUCUCUACUGCCCUACGGCUGCAUCUCCACUGGAAACCGAAUAGGGAUGAUAGAGAUUGUGAAGGACGCCACCACCAUCGCUAACAUCCAGCAGAGCGUGGUGGGAAGCACGGGAGCGUUCAAAGACGAGAUCCUCUACCAGUGGCUGAGGGACAAGUGUGUCAGCGAAGACAAGUUCCAGCAGGCAGUGGAGAGAUUCCUGUAUUCAUGCGGUGGUUACUGUGUGGCCACGUACGUCCUGGGGAUCGGGGACAGACACAAUGACAACAUCAUGAUCACCGAAUCCGGGAACCUCUUCCACAUUGACUUUGGUCACAUCCUGGGGAACUACAAGAGCUUCAUGGGCAUCAAUAAGGAGUGGGUUCCCUUCGUCCUGACGCCGGACUUCCUGUACGUGAUGGGAACGUCAGGAAAGAAAAGCAGCCCUCAUUUCCAGAAGUUCCAGGAUGUGUGUGUGAAGGCCUAUCUCGCCCUGCGUCACCACACCAACCUGCUGAUCAUUCUCUUCUCCAUGAUGCUCAUGACUGGCAUGCCGCAGCUGACCAGCAAGGAGGACAUCGAGUACAUCCGCGAGGCGCUGACAGUGGGCCGCAGCGAGGAAGAGGCACAGCGUCACCUGCUGGACCAGAUAGAGAUCUGCAGAGAGAAGGGCUGGAUGGUCCAGAUCAACUGGUUUGUUCAUCUGGUGUUGGGGAUCAAACAAGGAGUGGAAAAACGCUCCACUUAGGACUGGAUAUCAUUCAGAAAUCCUGGUUUUCCUACCGCUUCCUCAAACUUAAUAGUGAUAAAACCGAGGUCCUCCUAGUAGGCACUAAAUCUACUUUGGCCAAAACUGAUAAGUUUUUCUCUUUUUUAGUUCCCCCAUCGCCUCAGGUUAAGAGUCCGGGUGUCAUCCUGGGCAACACAUUAUCUUUUGAAGCCCACAGCAACAAUGUUACUCGGUCUGCAUACUUCCACCUACGCAAUAUUAAUCGUCUUCGGCCGUCACUUACACCUAAAAGCACCGCCAUACUCACUCACACCCUGGUUACAUCCCGUAUCGAGUACUGUAAUUCUGUCCUCUGGUCUUCCCCUCAAGCGUCUUCAUAAGCUUCAACUGGUCCAGAACUCAGCUGCCCGUAUCAUUACCAGAACUCCUUCCAUAGAUCACAUCAGCAACUUCACUGGCUCCCUGUUAAAUACCGUAUUGACUUCAAGAUCCUGCUCCUCACCUUUAAGGCCCUUAAUAACCUAGCUCCUUCACAUCUUUCCGAACUCCUUCAUAUCCUCACAUCCUCCCACACUCUCAGAUCCUCUUCUGCUCUCCAACUCAUACACCAUCGGCCCGCUUGACUACCAUGGGGUCUAGAGCCUUCAGUCGUUCUGCCCCCCCCCCGCCUAUGGAAGUCUCUCCCACAAGACAUUCACAACACUGACUCUCUUUCAGCCUUCACAUCCCAUCUCAAAACGUACCUUUUCAAACUGGCACAAUCAGUCUGACCCAUGCUUCACUGAGUUUUGUGCAGAUGUUGAUUUUAUACUUAUCUGUUGUGUUAACUUUUUAUUGUCUACCCUGCUUUGUUUUGAUUUUAUGCCGUCUGAUGCAGUGCUGCUUGUUUUUUUAACUGUUUUCUGUAAGGUGAGCUUGAGUGUUUUGAAAGGCGCCCACAAAUAAAAUACCUUAUUAUUACUAUUAAAAAUGUUUUUCCAGUAAUGAAAGAUUAUUACUAAACGUUGGCGGGAACAAGGUUCCUAAGCAAGUCUGAAAUAUUUGGAGUUGGGUGUGGAGAGAUUUCCUUAAUUUCCUGGUCUGGAAGUUUGGAAAAAUAUAUAUGUCCAGUUCUUGUACAUGGGAGACUGGUUAUGGAUCUGCUUAUCAUCAUGUUACAUAUUGUGGUAUUUGUUACUAUGCACAAAAAUCUCCAUCUGUCGAUUAAUAUGGUGUAACUAAUUAAAGCCAGGCCAAAUACAACUAUAUAUAUAUAUACUAUAUAUAUGGUCUUAGAUGAUUUCAUUUUUUUUUAUGUGUUACUUCCACAUGUCAAUAAAAGCAACACUGCCUCAAAUAAAGUAA